AUGGCAGGCGAAUCGACCGACCGAGUGGUCGACGAGGACAAUGGCAGUGGCCAUGACAACGACAACGACAAUGACUCUCUCAGGUAUCAACUGCUGGGCCCCUCUUUAACCAAAGCGGGCCAAGAUGCCGUAGAUCAGCAAAAGGUGUCUGAGAUCAUCUACAAUGCGUCCAAAGGCUCCAAGUUCUUCAAUCACGAACAGGAGCGUGAUCGCAACCAGACCCUUAAGAUCGAGCGUAUCGCCGCAGAAAAGGUCCGGUUAGAGAAACUCGAUUUGAGUCAUGACUUGCGCCGUGCGGAUGAAUAUCUCGCAGAGCUAGAAUUGACUCGGGAUCUCUCCCAGUACGUCAUUCAUGUGGAUUGUGAUGCCUUCUUCGCCGCGGUUGAAGAGCUCGAUCGACCGGAAUUGAAAACCGUUCCCAUGGCCGUCGGAAAAGGUGUAUUGACUACCUGCAACUACGUGGCCAGGAAAUUCGGAAUUCGUAGUGGUAUGGCCUCCUUCGUGGCCAAGAAGCUAUGUCCGCAGUUGGUGCUUUUACCUUCGAACUACGAUAAAUAUACAGCAAAGGCAACCGAAAUCCGUACGAUUCUCGCGCAAUACGAUCCUCUUUUUGAAAGUGCCAGCUGUGACGAGGCCUAUCUCAACAUCACAGCCUACUGCGAUGAGAACCAAAUGGACCCAGAUGACGCAGUUCAACGACUGCGGGCGGAGGUCUUGGAAAACACCAAAAUCUCCGUGUCUGCCGGCAUCGCCCCGAAUGCGAAAAUUGCAAAAAUUUCGUCGAAUAUCAACAAGCCGAACGGCCAGUUCCGUGUGGCGAAUGAGCGAACAGCAGUCAUGGAAUUCAUGCAGUCACUACCUUGCCGCAAGGUGAAUGGCAUUGGGCGAGUUUUCGAGCGAGAGCUCGAUUCCAUUGGCAUCAAAACCUGUGGCGACAUAUACCCUCACCGAGCUGUACUCACCAAACUAUUUGGAGAAAAAGCAUUUCAGUUCCUGGCUCAAUGCUACCUUGGCUUAGGCCGGACCAACAUCGAACCAGUCGAAACACACGAGCGUAAGAGCGUGAGCACUGAGACUACCUUCCAUGAGAUUGGAGACAAGGAAGAGUUGCGAGGCAAACUCCGCUGGGCGGCGGAGGAGAUGGAAAAGGACCUGGCGCGGACCCAGUUUAAGGGUCGGACGUUAUGCCUCAAGGUGAAACUACAUACGUUUGAGGUUUUGACACGCCAAACCGCACCUCCGCGGGCAGUCUCCCAAGCGAAGGAUCUCUAUACAUACGCACUUCCCAUGCUGAUCAAGUUGGAGAAGGAGAUCCCUGGGAUGAAGUUACGGUUGUUAGGGCUGCGGUGUUCGAACCUGGUCACCACGAAGAAGACCGGUCUUAAUUUCUUCGGAUUUACUACACAGCCGAAGCCACCCACUGUGGAACCACCGGAGCCGAGAAAAGAGCAUGAAAUUGGAGCAGAAGAAGCGUUUGAAGCGGCGGCUAGGCAGGAGGUGCAGGACGAGAUGAAUGACCUGGAACAGUUGAGCCAGGAAGCGGUCAUCCCAGGCCCGUCGACCCCAACUAUCGAGUCUGGUCCAGUUGAGGAAUCGCCGGCGCAAUGGGAAUGUCCGAUUUGUAGUAAACCACAAGUGGCGGAUGAUCGCGGGUUCAACAAUCAUGUGGAUUUCUGCCUGUCACGUCAGACGAUCCGUGAGGCAACACAGGAUACUCAUUCGGUUGUCGAUGAGCCGUCCCUUGCGACAGCGGCGAGUCGCAAACGGAAGCCUACCAAUAUAGGGGGCCAGGAAGAUUCACGACAGAAGCGAUUAUUCUUCCGUUGA